UUGCGAGCCCAUAAGUUCAUUUUACACACAAGACUUGUUAAGUAGAGAGAUUGUUAAAGAGAGAAACAAUGGAGGGUUUUCCAGUUAUUGACUUGUCAAAGCUCAAUGGUGAUGGGAGAAGCUCAAUCAUGGAGAUGAUCAAAGAUGCCUGCGAGAACUGGGGCUUCUUUGAGUUGGUGAACCAUGGGAUAACUGCUGAACUGAUGGACACAGUGGAGAGGCUGACAAAGGAGCAUUACAGAAAGUGUAUGGAGCAAAGAUUCAAGGAAAUGGUGGCCAGUAAAGGCCUGGAAGAUAUUCAGUCUGAAGUCAGCGACUUAGACUGGGAAAGCACUUUCUACUUACGCCACCUUCCUGAAUCAAACAUUUCUGAAAUCCCUGAUCUUGAAGAAGAUUACAAGAAGGCAAUGAAGAAGUUUGCUGUUGAAUUGGAGAAGCUAGCUGAGCAGCUUUUGGACUUGCUGUGUGAGAAUCUGGGGCUGGAGAAGGGAUACUUGAAAAAGGCAUUUUAUGGGUCCAAAGGAUCACCAAACUUUGGCACCAAAAUCAGCAACUACCCACCAUGUCCCAAACCCGAUCUGAUCAUGGGACUCAGGGCCCAUACUGAUGCUGGUGGCCUCAUCCUGCUCUUCCAGGAUGACAAAGUCAGCGGCCUCCAGCUCCUCAAAGAUGGUCAAUGGGUCCAUGUUCCACCCAUGAAACACUCCAUUGUCAUCAACCUUGGUGACCAGCUUGAGGUGAUUACAAAUGGCAAGUACAAAAGUGUGCUGCACCGUGUGUUAGCUCAGCCUGAUGGUAACAGAAUGUCCAUAGCUUCAUUUUACAACCCAGGAAGUGAUGCUGUCAUCUACCCAGCACCGGCAUUGAUUGAUAAAGAAGCUGCUGAGAUCCAGCUCUAUCCAAAAUUUGUGUUCGAGGACUACAUGAAACUCUACGCAGGACUCAAGUUUCAGGCCAAGGAACCCAGAUUCGAAGCCAUGAAGGCAAUCGAGUCCACUGUGACUUUGGGCCCUAUUGCAACUGUUUAAGUUCCCUAUACUCAAAACUGUUCUGCCAUUACAAGUAUAGUUUACUGGUGGAAUGGAAUCUCGAUGUCUGGGUUCAUUGUUGGAAUUAGUACUUUAGUUAUUAUUAAGGGAUGUUUAAGUAGUUGCUUAAGACUCUGUCGUUGGCUAGUGUGGAACAUGUAAGUUCUAAAUAAACCGAAAGGUUGGAUUGAUAGGGCUCUUCCGGAGAGUCAAGUCUAGUGCUGUGUUGCUGAUAAAUUACUCAACUCAAUGUAGAAAGUGACAACAUGAAUCGUCUUUAUAUGAAGCUAUCUUACUAUUAAUCUA